AUGAAGCUAUUGAUAUCAUUUACUUUUGAUGAUAACAAUCCAAACGACGAUGACAAUCAACCAGACUUUGGACAGUUGGUGGUUGAACUUCCAAUCAUCUUCAUCUUCUUCAACAUUAUCAUCACCGCCAGUUUGAACGACGUUAACGGUGAUGAUAAUGAUGAAGAAGAGGAAGAUGAUUGUUGA